AUGGUCAGUACCAGUUCUACUGAUUUUACUAGUACUAAUGAUAUAACUGAUACGACUACAGACAUUGUGACCGCUUCAACUGCUGAGCUCGAGAAUUGUGUGUCAGUAAAGUCUCGGUACAAUAACUCUGUAAAGUGGGCUGGAUUACCUCCAAACGUUGAAUGUAUGAAGAAUGUAUUCAGAGCUGUCAUGACCAAGUGCUUCGAUCUGAGUAAUUUUGGAACCUUUUGUAAGUUAUACCAUAGUAUAUUAUACCAUGAAUUUACGAUAAAAAGUCUUUUAAUAUUAUUACGUUAUUUUACUUCGAUUUUAUAUUAUAUAUACAGUUUUUUUAGUAUCUUUAAUGUGAAUUUAUAAUUUCAAAAAUUUCAGACUAUGAAAACAAGUACUACGAUCCAGAAGUAGGUUAUAAAGAUACGAUUGACCCUAGGAAGAUGAAUGUGACAGCCAUGUUACAAGAGUGUUGUUGGCCAGACGAAGUCAAUUGUGAUUGUACUCUACACAUUGCUGAAGAUGGUACUACUUUGGAUGGUAUAUGUCAUGCUAUUGAAGCACAACGACAAUGUUUGAGGUGGUUAUACGACGAGACGGAGUGUGGAUGUGAUUGUUAA